UGAUACCACACAAUCAGUCCUCACUACGGGGGAACAGUCCGAAUGAGAUUUGAACACCGGUGCUACCGUCACCAGAACUGUAGAGGCUUAGUUUGAACCGUUAUGAAAUCUCCCCUUGUGUGCUCUAAUUGUACUUUAUAAGCUGUAUUUUUCUAUACUAUAAGCUGAACGGGAACACAAUUUAGAGGAAAGAAAACAUUAAAUUCAAUGCUAAAUUUAAAAAAAAAUUGUUGAAUUUAAUAUACAAAUAAGAAAUUAGUUAUGUAAAAAUCGAAACAAUUUCAUAAACAUUUUCCUUCAAAAAUGCAUUCGGUUCCACUGUGCAAGAAGUGCAUAUUUCAAAUACCAACGGUCAAACCGACGGUUCGCCUGUGACGUGCGGCGCUUCGCACACACCAACGCAGAGCCUGCUUUAUCAGUAGCGUCUCGUGUCCGAUAUACCUCCACACUCGUACAGCCACGGUACACUACACACUAUUGGUUGUAUUUAGCUUACGAACCGUGUCGAAAAGUCGGUCGGUAAUCCUUCCGCGAUGCAGUUGCGCCUCCGAGGGGUUGCAGUAGGCAGGGUUGGCAUGCUAGUCGAAUUGCUAACCAGUAUUCGUGGACUUGCCAAAAAAAAACCGUUCGACUGAGAAUACUGAUUUAAUACGAGAAACAUGGAUAAGAACGCAAGGCUAUUAGGCGAUAAGACUAUCGGAGACGACCGCCGACAGAGCUAUAGUACGCUCCCUUUAUGCCCCCUUCGAUUGACCUAAUCGCGCAGUCAUUCGGUUGCUGUGUGCAUUUCGCUGGCAAGCCGCACGUUAAGCAUUAUAUUCCGUGUGUACCACAUCCCGAAUGUCGUCAAGCCACCGCGGUUUGAUCGUCGCCAGUGAAGAGAUCAUCCGUGUGUUCAUCCCAGGGGUAGAGAGAGAGAGAGAGAGUGGAGUUCAUUCGCAACGAAAAAAGUGCAUACAAAGAGAGAAGGCAUGCAUGCAGCGGACACAACAUCCUACCCAGCUACUGUCGAGGGUGGUUUGUCUCUGUGAGCUGCUACCUGCGGACAACAACAACCAAAAAAAAAAGGGAUUCCCUUCACGGCAGCGAAUCCUUACCGGCCAGCAAAUCAAUGCGAAGAUGAACCGAAGGGAUGCGUUGCUGAACAUGUACGCCAACGACGGUGAUGAUGCGCAAAGGCAGCAGCAGCAGCACAACAGCAACUGGUUGGCGUGGAUUAGUGCGGCAUUUUUGCUACAAACAAAGCACAGCACCAUUAUGCCUUGCCUGGAGUUGAGACGGAACGAGUGUUCCAUUUGUCAGCACGCCAUUAUCGAACGGCAGCGGCUGGAAGCGAUCUGUGGCCAUACCUUCCAUCGGCACUGUUUGGUGAUGUGGAUGCGCACGUACGCCUUCUGCCCUGACUGUCCGCGAAGGAUGUAGCUUGUUACGAGACGCGCUUCAUUAAGCUGAACGAUGAUUCAACGAGGGCAAACGAUACGAGUGGACGACAGCCGAACCUGCUUUCUCCUGGCCGCCGCAUCAACAGCCUUUCCGUUGCAAGUGUUACGUCCUACCGUACCGUUGAAGUAUUACACGCGGGCUAUUAAUAUUAUUUACAGUGUACGGGCGAGAUAAUAAACUACAUGACAAACCAUU